AAUUUUUAAUAUAAUUCUGCUUUCUACAAAGUUAACAGCAACAGAUAUGGUUGAUAUGGAACACUUUGGUCAGGAAUUAUUUUACGCCUUAGCCUCUACAGAACCUCAACGUAAUCAAUUGAUAACACCUUUACCGUUAGCAACUGUUUUAAUUUUAUUACGUGCCAAUGCUGAAGUUGAUAGUGCUUAUGAGAUCGGUGACUAUUUAGGUUUAAUUGGCAAAGCUAAUGAAGUUAUUCAAGAAAAUUAUGAUAACCUAUUGAGAAAAAUGGAAAAAACUAAAUACUUUACAAUGUCAAAUAAUAUCUCAAUAGUGACAAGUCAAAUUGUAGUAGACACUGUGAAAUUAAGUAUACGCGAUACCAUCAAAGUCUGGAGAACUCAUCGGAUUUGUUAUAAAGCAGCCGAUUUAACCAAUAGUGGUCAUAAAACAGAUAUACUAUUAGAAACUAAAAUGCACUUUAAUAAUGUAUUCCGCUAUAGUCUUUCCUCAUCUACCAGGGGCUAUUUCCAUACACAUAAUGGCGAUAAGAUUGAAAAGGAAAUGUUGAAUCAUAUAGCAGAAGUACGUUAUGGCAAGGUACCUCAACUGAGUGCUACAGCUAUUGAAGUACCCUACAGUGAUGGCAAUACUUUCUUAUUAAUUUUUCUACCUCACAACCCCAUGGGUAUAAGAGAGUUAGAAAAGCAUUUAAAGGUAUUUCCUUUGGGUAGUAUGAAUUCAUAUUUAAGGCGGAAUCGUCUCAAACUUAUUUUGCCGAAAUUUAAGACCCAUGUCAAAAUGUCUGUAAGAGAUGGUUUGAUAGAGUUGGGAAUGGGUAGCAUGUUUAAACGCCUGUGUGAAACUACGUCUCAUAUUAGAGUUGGCGACAUUGUGUUUAGCUCUUCAUUUGGUAUUAAUGAACAAACAGCUGGAGCUGAAACUUUUAUAGAUGAUGACGAGGCAACACUUGCGAAAAUUCCCGAAAUUCGUGUUGAUCAUCCAUUUAUUUUUCUAGUAAAAUCGAUUAGAAAUGAUAUAUAUUUAAUGGGCAAAAUAGUGACUUAAGGUUUUAUGAAAAGAAUAUUAUUUA